AUGGCCGCCGCCGACCCGACGUACCCUUUCUACCCCAUCACCUGCAUCAUAGCUUCAGCGAUGCUACUCUUUGUGUUUCUGAACAGUUUUAUCAGGCAAAGCUGGAAUCUCGGCGUCGCGUUUCUGUGUUUCUGGCUCUUCUGGGAGAACCUCACCCUGGGUAUCAACGCCAUAAUAUGGUCCGAUAAUGCUACAAUCAAGCUAUACGCGUAUUGCGACGUUGCCUCGCAUCUUCUCUUGAUCGCGUCGGUUGUCAAACCUGUGGCGACCCUUAUCAUAAGUCGCCGGCUAUACCUGAUCACUCGUAUGCAGUCUGUAGGACCAUGGGACGCGAUAGUGAAACGCAAAGAACGCGCCAUAGAGUGGGCCCUUGGCCUAGGAGUCCCCGUCCUAGUUGCUGGACCCAUCUACUACGUGGUGCAGGUUCACCGAUUCCAGGUCAUCGAGAGUUUUGGAUGCGACAACUCACCCGACGGUUCGAUACUCCUAUUAUUGCUCGUCAAUUCAUGGAGUGUGAUAGCUCCUCUGCUGUCCAUUAUCGCCUACUACCCUCAUGUUGCCAGGGUCUUCUAUCGCCAAAGUCGGGAUAUCAACAACUUUCUACAGAGUAAUGGUUCAGUGUCCCGCACAAACUACUUCCGGAUACUGGCUCUCGCCAGCAUUGAUAUCCUGCUCACUUUGCCCAUAGGCAUUGCGACGAUCGUCUUAGAUGUGCGGAUCAAUAUGUCUUUCGGUCCCAUUGUUUUCUAUCCGGGUUGGACCAAUGACCACGCGCAUUGGGAGCCGAGGAGCUUCUCCUACGCCGAGAUACUGUCAGGAGGUACUUCGGUUGUGGUACAAAACUACUUCGUACGAUGGACGUCGCCCAUCCUCGCUUUUGCCAUCUUCGCACUUUUCGGCGUCACAUCGGAAGCCCGUGCAUCGUACUGGCGCAUCAUCUGCACCAUGGCCGGUUGGUUCGGCUGGAAACCAACAUCAUGCACACGCAGAGUGCCUUCAUCGCCGGGAGAGAUCGAGUUCGGCGACCGUCCUGCUCAGAACUCUUUGUCACUGGGUCUUGAUUCGAAUCCGAGCUUCAUCAAUGCCAAUGCACGCGGGCAGGAACGUACACCGGAUGAGGUGGAGAGUGGCUCGUACAAGGAGUUCGAAGAGGAAAUCCGUCGGUGA